UUGCUUUAGAUCCCACACCCCAUCACCCCAAACUUUAUUCUCUCUCCUCCUUCUUUCUGCUUGUCACACUAUCACAUGCAUUCUUCUCUUUUUAAACCAUUUGCAAAACCACGCUCAGACACAGAACAAAGAUAAGCCCAUUUUCAAACCAUUCUUCGAGACUUGAUCUAUCACUUAUCUCUUGUUCAGCUGCAAUGGAAGAAUACUACUACAAGAGGAGUCAUAUACCAGCAUUUGGAAGCUGGGAUUGGAAUGACAACCUCCCAUUCACAGAGUGCUUUGAGUCAGCGAGGCAAGCUGGUUUGCUACGCUAUAGUUACUCUGAGUCUGAGGACCGUGACCUUUACGUUACAGGGGACUUGUAUGAGAAUGAUGUUGUCACACCAGCCAUGAUCGUUGUUCCUCGCAGAAGGGCCAAGGUGCGUGACCAGCAUGAAAAAGAAACAAAAAAGAAGAAUUGGGUCAGUGAUAUGGAUAUUGAUUCACCCAGCCCAAUUGCAUUGCCAAGGUCUACCCCAAAACCUGUUGAUGAGGACUUGUACCAGAUCUCACCAGGGCUUCUUUAUGCAAAAGCUAAAAAGAAGAGAAGGUUGUGUUUCUUUUCUAGUUGCUUGUUACCAACUUGCAUUGCAUGAAACCCGGAGAAGUGGUCGAGAAGCCAACGUACAUAUACGUGAAAUAGAGGGAUAGAUUCUUCAAUUGGAUGAUGCAUAUGUAAAAGCAGUAUAUUUUUGGUCCAAGAAGUUUGUUAUUAUAGUCAUGAAUAUUAAGGGAAUGUCUUCUUGCCAAUGUAAGGGAGGUUUAUUUUUUCACUUUUUCGUUGUCUUUCAUGUACU